AUGGAUUCCGGUAACAGUGGCAGCUUGCAAUCAUCUAGCGGCUGUGGCGACGGCGGAGUAGGUGGUGGUGGUUGUGAUGAGGUGUAUGAUUCAAGGACGGAAUCUGUGUUUUUAAAUCCUCCUCCUACACAGUUUAACCACAUGCCGAUGUUUCAACAACCACCGCCAUCAUCAUCGUCGUCGUCGCACCACCAACCACAACCACCGUCCACCUUCUUUGAUCCGUCUUCGUUUUCACAACCCUUAAACCCAAACACUAAUCCGAUGUACAAUCUUGAUUCUCUCUGGUCCAGAAACCAGAAUUCGAUGUAUAAUCUUGAUUCUCAGCAAGAUCCCUAUCUUAAUCCGACACCGGUGGAUGAUAAUAUAAACCCGGAUACUGAAACUGAAAAAGUAGGUCAUGUAACAACGAAGAACCCCAAGAAGCGUACACGAGCUUCCCGGCGAGCGCCCACCACCGUACUCACCACCGACACCACUAAUUUCCGACAAAUGGUUCAAGAAUUCACCGGUAUCCCCGCCGCCCCUUUCUCCACCUCCUCGUCGUCGUCUCCUUUUUCUCGCCGGAUCGAUCUUUACGGUGGUGGACUUGCGCCGCUGAAUCCUAUACGGCCGUCGGCGCAGAAAAUUCAGCUACAACAACAGCCUACAUAUUUGAAUUCCACAACUGCAACGACGAGUAAUUUCCAAUUACCCCCUGCUGAAAGUCACCUGUUUACAAAACAGCCCCUGAAUUUAUCAAAUUUGCAAAGGCAGAUGUUUCAAUUUCAAUCUCUUUCACAAACAAGGCUUCCUCAGCAAAGCAGUGUAAUAGAAGGUGAGAAUCAUCGAUCGGAACCACCAAAUGCGUUUGCAAGUUCAUCUUCGACGUCAUUGAAAAGAUGGAGGGGUCAAGAUGAAACUUUGAUGAAUCUUGAGGGGGAAAGGGGUAAUUCUCAGAACGUUGUCGUUUCAUCAAGAAGUGAUGGUGAUCAACUUCCAGGUAACGAGGAUUCAUGGAUUUGUCCUUCUGAUUAA